AUGGAGAGGGAGGAGCAAGUGGAGGAACAUGUGGAGGGUCAUGAUGAUCAGGUGGAGGUGGAGCCAGAGCCAGAGCAACUGGACGAAUAUCCUGGUGGUCCACAUGACUUGUCUAUGCUGACCAUAGAAGUUUACCGCAGUUUCAAAUUCAACAAUUCUUGGCUUCAUGAGCCGGAGCUCAUUGAUCUUGUGAAAAACAAUUGGGAGCACUAUCCUUCCACCAACAUCUUAACCAAACUGAAUUAUUGUGUGGAGGACAUAUCAACCUGGAGCCGUUCUGUUACCCCAAACUUCAAGCAUCUUAUUAACAAACAGCGAUCCAUCAUUGAGGAAUUCAGAACAGACGCAAAUGAUGCCAAUGAUCCUGAACUUCAGGUCCUGCAGCAAAAUCUCGCAACUUUAAUUCUUCAAGAGGAGAGUUAUUGGAGACAGCGUUCUAAAAUCUUUUGGUUAUCAGAAGGCGACACAAACAGCAGGUUCUUUCAUGCUUCUGCUUCAGCCCGUAAGCGGAAUAACACCAUUAAAAAGAUGCGCGAUGACCAUGGCAACUGGAUAUCAUCGCACGAUGACAUGUGCACUUUGGUUCGAGAUUAUUUUAAUUCCAUUUUCACUGUGAGGCAAGGCGACCAGCAGGCAAUUCUCUCUUGUGUUCAGCCACGGAUCACAGCUGAAGACAACAAUACUCUCACACAGCCUUUCUCUGAACAAGAAUUCAAAGAAGCUAUUUUUAGUAUGCACCCCGAUAAAUCUCCGGGCCCUGAUGGCCUCAACCCGGCUUUCUUCCAAAGGUUCUGGAACGAUAUUGGAGGCGACAUCUACACUACUGCUAUCAAUUGGCUCUCCACCGGGGUCAUUCCCUCCGACCUGAAUUCUACACAUAUUGUUCUUGUUCCAAAAGGGGAAAAUCCAGAAUCAAUGAAAGAUCUUCGUCCCAUAUCCCUUUGUAAUGUCCUUUACAAAAUCAUUGCCAAGGUUCUAGCAAACAGAUUGAAGCCUUUGAUUAAUAAAUGGAUUGCACCAGAGCAAGCAGCUUUUGUCCCCUCUCGUUCGAUAUUAGAUAAUGCGCUUACAGCUUUUGAAAUUUUACACUACAUGCGCUGCAAAAGAAAAGGAAAAGAAGGGGAUAUAGCUCUGAAACUCGAUAUUUCAAAGGCAUUUGACAGUGUCAGCUGGUCUUAUUUACAAGCAAUCUUAUCCAAAUUGGGUUUCUGCUCCCAAUGGAUCACAUGGAUGAUGAUGUGCAUCUCUACAGUUGAAUACCAUGUCAUCUUUAACGGAGACCGCAUCGGCCCCAUCACUCCUACACGAGGUUUACGACAAGGUUGCCCUCUGUCCCCAUAUUUGUACAUUAUCUGUGCUGAAGGGUUGUCUGCUACUAUUAAGAAUCACGAGCUUCGAGGUAAAAUCCAUGGAACCCGCAUUUGCCGUAAUUCUCCUCCUGUUAGUCAGCUUCUUUUCGCGGAUGACAGCUUCCUAUUUUGCAAGGCGACAAUUUCAGAAGCUCAAUGCCUCAAAGACAUUCUUUCUAGUUAUGAACUCGCUUCUGGGCAAGCCAUAAACUAUAGGAAAUCGGCGAUUUCCUUCAGUGCAAACACUCCACAAGACUCUAUCUCUUCCAUCAUGACAUGCCUUGGCGUUUCUAGUGCAAUCGGAAGCGGAAAAUAUCUAGGUCUUCCAUCUAUGGUAGGUCGUAGCAAGAAGGCAAUCUUCACCUAUCUAAAAGAUCGAAUAUGGAAGAAUUGUCAAUCUUGGAGCGCUCGGUCUCUCUCAAGGGCAGGGAAGGAAAUUUUGAUCAAGUCAGUGGCCCAAGCCAUUCCGUCUUACUGUAUGGGAGCCUUUCUUAUCCCUACAUCUCUUUGUGAUGAGAUUGAAAAGAUGAUGAACUCAUUUUAUUGGGGCUCUAAAAAGAACGGUCGUCGUGGAAUAAAUUGGCUACGUUGGGACAAGCUCACUCGCCACAAAAGUCAAGGAGGUUUAGGCUUCAGGAACCUCGAAGCAUUUAAUCUUUCUAUGCUCGGUAAGCAAAGUUGGAAACUCUUAUCCGACUCGUCCUCCCUAUUUUCAAGAAUCCUCAAAGCUAAAUAUUUUCCCCGAAGGGAUUUUUUGGAUGCCAAUCUAGGUCAUAAUCCAAGUUACACAUGGAGGAGUCUAUGGAGUACUCAAUCUUUACUUACCUUGGGCCAUAGGUGGAAAAUUGGAGACGGUUCCCUAAUUAAUGUGUGGAGUAUGCCUUGGAUCCGCAAUUUGCCAACUCUCAAACCAUCUACCCCGCCUCUAUUGCACCACGCGGAUCUUACGGUUAGUUAUUUGUUGAAUUCAGAUGGAAAUUCUUGGAAUAUUCCUAUAGUGCAAUCUCUGUUUAAUAGCGUAGAUGCAGAAGCAAUCGUUUCCAUGCCUUUAUUCCCUCGUACUGCUACUGAUCAGCGCAUCUGGAAGGCUACUGCAAACGGAUCUUACACUGUCAAAUCAGCAUAUCGUCUUUGUUCAGACCUUAUAACUGCCAUCAAUCCCAUCCAACAUGAUUAUCGUUGGAAUUCUAUAUGGAAUUUGCAGAUCCCACCACGAGUUCGAGCUUUUCUUUGGCGCCUUGCUCAACAUUGUCUGCCAACUCGCGCUAAUCUUCUUACCCGUGGUAUUCCAUGUGAUGACUCGUGCAUAUUUUGCGACCAAUUCGCAGAAACGCAGACUCAUGUUUUCUUCGUCUGUCCGAAAGCGUCCAGCUGCUGGGAACUGCUUGGAGUUAAUCACAUCAUCCGAGACCUGCUACUCUCUAGUAAUGACUGCACUUCUAUGUUUUUUGACUUGAUUGACAGGUUACACCCGCAGCAGCAAGUACUAGUUGCUAUGACUCUCUGGAGCUUAUGGAAGAGUCGUAAUUCCAAACUUUGGGAGGCCACAGAUACUACUCCAAUUUCUAUUGUCACUCGAGCAAAGGAUGUCAUCAACGAAUGGAGUUGUAUGCAACGAGAAAAGGCACCAAUUCACCACGCAAAUUCUGUCCACUCCUGGAUCAAACCACCGAUAGGUACAAUUAAAUGCAAUGUCGAUGCAGCUGCAUUUAAUAAUAAUUCUAUCAUGGGGUAUGGUAUGUGUUUUCGCGACUAUACAGGUACUUUUUUACUUGGGAAAUCAGACUUUCAUCACUCAUCAGCCACUGUUUUGGAGGCAGAAUCUCUAGCCUUGCUUGAUGCUAUUAAAUUGGCUAUUUCAAAUGAGAUGCAUGUUGUAUUAUUUGAAACUGAUUCGAAGAUCUUAGCUGAUGCACUCACCAAUAACUCUUCCCCUACCAAUGAGUUUGGAGAUCUUGUAACCCAAUGUAGAAGUCUCUUACUUGAUAAACCCGACUUUGCAGUGUCGUAUGUUAGGAGGCAAGCAAAUAGUGUUGCUCAUAGUAUUGCUCGAGCUUCGCUAUCUCAUCCUAGCCCCCAUAUUUUUCAUCAUGUAUUGCCUACUUUGUACCGCCUAAUUAUGAAUGAAAUGAAUUGA